AUGGCAUGUAAAUUACUAAACUAUGACCAAAUUCUGUCUGGUCCAGCCCUAGUGAGCUACUGCAACUCGAGCAGCCCUACAUCGGAGACGAGCUCCGUCAGCCAGAAGGCGGUGGCGGGUGCGCCACCUUCGUCCCUGAGCCGGUACGAGUCGCAGAAAUGGCGCAACUGGAACACGUCCGGGCGGUAUCUGAAGAACCACAAGCCACUGCUGGUGCUGAGCCAUUGUAGCGGGGCCCACAUCCUUGAAUUCCUCCGCUACCUCGACCAGUUCGGCAAGACCAAGGUCCACACCGCCGGCUGCCCCUUCUUCGGCCAUCCUCACCCCCUCCCCCCCCCCCCCCCCCGCCCUGCCCCUGCCUUCUCCGCCAGGCCUGGGGAAGCCUCGAUGCACUCGUCGGCCUCCUACGCGCCGCCUUCGAGGAGAACGACGGCAGGCCGUAGACCAAUCCCUUCGGCGCACGCGGUAUCGCCUAUGAGAAGAAAAAGAGGAAGAAGCCCCCAAAGCAGCAGAUGCAGGCGCCAGAUUCGAGGUCAGGGACUCACAGCCCUCCUCUCCUUACUCAAAGAAUCGAAUUGA